UUUUUCUCCAGGAAUCUCUCUACCACCAUCCACAACCCUAACUGAAAACUACCCAUUUCAAUCACAGCCACAAUUUCUUUGUGUUUUCUAUUCUAAAAACCAACGAUUUCAGCAGAAAAAGCUCAACCUCCUUGUUUCCUUUGCCUUUAUAAGCUCCUAACACCAAACAGGGCAUUUCAUUCCCCCCUGGUUCAUUUUCCCUCCUGGUUUCUUCUUUCUCUUGGGGGGGAAAAUAAAAUAGAUAUCAUUAUUUAUAUUCUGAUCCCUGUGAAUUGAAACCCUUUUCGUCAUGGGUAAUUUUAUCAGAUCUUACUUGGCCACUAUUAUAGCAUGGUUCGUUAUUUUUCAUGGGCUUUUGGGUGCUGUUAAUGGUCAUUUUGAUUAUAAGCAUGCUCUUAAAAAGUCGAUACUUUUCUUGGAAGCACAAAGAUCAGGAAAACUUCCAUCAAACAAUAGGAUUCCUUGGAGAGGAGAUUCUGCCCUUGACGAUGGCAAAGAAGCAAACGUGGAUCUUUCUGGGGGAUAUUAUGAUGCAGGAGACAAUGUUAAAUUUGGAUUUCCAAUGGCUUUUACCAUUACAACUCUAUCAUGGAGUGCUAUUGCAUAUAAGAAAGAAAUAGAAGCCGCCGGCGAGAUGGAAAAUGUUCGUGCCGCUAUCCAAUGGGGCACAGAUUAUUUCCUGAAAGCCAGCAGUACACCCAACUCUUUGUAUGUUCAGGUGGGAGACCCAGUAAAGGAUCAUGAAUGUUGGGUUCGACCAGAAAAUAUGAAGACACCAAGAACUGUGUUGAAGAUUGAUUCAAAUAAACCUGGAACAGAGAUUGCAGCAGAAACAUCAGCUGCCCUGGCUGCUUCUUCCAUUGUUUUUAGACGCUUCAAUAAUACCUAUUCUAGUCGUCUCCUCAACAGAGCCAAACAGCUUUUCACAUUUGCAAAAUCACACAAAGGAACUUAUGAUGGAGAAUGCCCAUUCUAUUGCUCUUUCUCUGGCUACAAUGAUGAGCUUAUGUGGGCUGCAACUUGGUUAUAUAAAGCAACCCACAACUCCGUGUACUUAAAAUACCUUACAGACGAAGCUAUUAAUGCUGAUGUUUCUGAGUUUAGCUGGGAUCUCAAAUACGCUGGAGCCAAUAUCCUGCUUUCCAAGUACUUUUUUAAAGGAAAGAACGGCUUAACAACACAUAAAAAAGCAGCUGAUAGCUUUGUAUGUUCUGUGCUCCCUGAUAGCCCUUUUCAUCAGCUUUAUUUCACUCCAGGUGGCAUGCUUCACUUGAGAGAUGGGGCUAACACUCAAUAUGUUACAGGCGCAGCUUUAUUGUUUUCCGUCUACAGUGACAUCCUCGAGGAUUACAAACAAAAGGUCACCUGUGGACAAAAGCAAUUCGACUCAACCGCCCUCUUGAAAUUUGCCCAGCAACAGAUGGAUUAUUUGCUAGGAAAAAACCCGCUGAACAGAUCGUUCAUGGUGGGAUUUGGAAACAACCCACCAACUCAAGCACACCACAGAGGCGCUUCUAUUCCAUUAAAUGAAGCAAAAGACAACGUCGACUGCUCCAAGAGCUUUGAAUGGCUCCAUAGGAAAGGACCGAACCCUAAUGAGCUAACCGGUGCGUUUCUGGGUGGACCUGACAAAUACGACAAGUUUUCGGACGAACGAACCGUUUCAUGCAUGACCGAGCCAUGCACCUACGUCAACUCUCAGGCAGUCGGUGUCUUGGCAAGGCUCGCAUCUGAUAGCAAUCAGCUCAUGCAUAAAAAUGAAGAUGCAGCUUCUCAUCAGUGGCACAAGUCUGAUUAAAUUAAAUUUCAUUUCAUUUAAUGGUGUAAAGGGUUUCAGAAUUUUUUGCAAGCAAGCAAAAUUAUUCAUUUCACGAUUAGCUUGUAUAAUCACUUGUUAUAAUUUGUUAUUA